GCUUCACAUCAGCAUUGCACUUUGAGGUACAGACAGAACGCCGUGCAACAGUACAAAGUCUCAAUCUACUGGGCAGAGAUCUUCGGUGACGCUCCAAACUCACAAGGUUGCCCGCCAUGGCCACCGCCAACCAUGGCCACACAAUCCACAUGACUCAAGCAGAAUCCGAUAAAAUCCGGGAAACAGUCCAGACAAGAUUAAAGAAAUGCAAAGAUCUUCAUGGCCAACCACGAACUCCUCGAGAAGCAAAAGCUGCCGUCAGCGAAGCAAAGCAAGCAGGUCUCAUGGCAGAUAUGUCCGGGACUGUCGAGCCAGGCAUGUCAGUAUAUUCAGGACGAGAGAACAUUGUCGCAUUGGCUGUUGGAUCGCCGUUUCCUCCUUGUACAACUCCACUUUCGGAGUUGAAGCCUAUGCCGUUGGCGGAGUUGCAGAUCGAUACGCAUCAUCGCGGCCGAGUAUUGAAUGUCAAGCGUACUGGGCCUGUUGUGCCACUGGUGGCAUAUUCAUGGACCGUUGUUGAAGAUGAUGCAGGACAUGUGGAGCGGCUGGAAGUGUAUCUUCACAAGUCAAAACGAGGCGAGGAUUUGCUGGAGUCCACGCGAGAGUUUCGGAUCAAGGAGCCUUAUUUCACGAUCAACGAGCAAGGUGAGGCGACGAUUCGUGUGCAACAUCCUUCGGACUUUGUGCGUGUCAAGGACACCGAAUUUGCGAAGACUGCAGAGAAGUGCAAAGACAAGGGGAAUGCAGCGUUGAAAAGGAAGGAAUUCGUGGAGGCAGCCGAUCAUUAUGCUGAAGGUUUGCGGUUAUGUGAGGAGGAUGCGGAGGCGACGGAACAGUUCAGCUACGAUCUUCAUCGAAAUCGAGCUCAUGUCAGCUUGAUCUUGAAUCGAUGGGACGAAGCGAAAGCGGACGGGAUUGCGGCCAUCACAGGGCGGACAGACGACAAAUCAAAAUCACUGGACAGCAAGGCCAACUUUCGUGCGGGCAGUGCUGCUUAUGCACUUGGACAAUUUGACGAGGCGAAGAAGUUAUUCGAGACUGCCUUAAGUCUCGCUCCGGAGGACAAGGAAGCCAAGAUAUAUCUACGCAACAUCGAUAUAAGACUCCAGGAGCAACAGGCAGGUGGGUAUGACUUUGCGAAGAUUCGGUCGAGAAUAUCGCCAGCCAAGUCAAGAGUAGAUGCCGCCUCUUUCUCAAACAACACCAGUGCACGAGACAGCUCCCUUGGUGGCCGAGGACUCUUCGCAACGAAGGACAUCGAAGCUGGCGAAAUCGCUCUCUGCGAGAAGGCGUUCUGUGUAGUAUGGUCGCACGAAGCAGAAGCCUGGUCAGCGAUGACUUACGACGCACGAGACGACAAGAUUCGUGUUUUCCCAGCCGGCAUGACACAAGUACUCGUGCAAAAACUGCUCAACAAUCCAUCACAGAUCGAGCGUCUCAUGAGCCUCUUCGGCGAUUACAAGAGCAUCGGCAACGAGGUCAUCUCCACCGAAGAUGGACCUGUGGUCGAUACAUUCCAGAUACACGACAUUGUCUGCCGCAACGCGUUCGGCCCAGGUGCCAUAUCAUCGGGCGGCAACUAUGGUCAGGAAGAUGUCCGGACAGCAAGCACGGGACUCUGGAUCACAGCAGCAUAUGUCAAUCACUCAUGCGUAUCCAAUGCUGCGAAGGAGUAUGUCGGCGACUUGAUGAUCUUAAGGGCAACGAGAGACAUCAAGGAGGGAGAAGAAAUCACACACACAUACAGCGAUGUCCCUGACUAUGACUCUCGUGCUGCAGUCCUGCAAACAACAUGGGGCUUCGAAUGCCAAUGCGCCUUAUGCGAAGCGGAACGCACAGAUGGGAAAGAGAUCAGAGACAAACGACAAGAACUGAUGGGCGAAGUAGCCGCAUUUAUGGAGAGGGAGAGUAGUCCCAAAACAGCAAAGCGAUUGACUGUCGUCAAGGCAGAGAAGCUCGUCAAAAAUUUGGACGCCACCUACGAUGCGAAGAAGUGGGAGGGACUCCCGAGGAGGGCGGUGGAAGGGAUUCGGGCAUGGGUGCAGGAGGCGAAGAAGGGGAUGAGGUGAUCGAGCGCGUUUGACAAAAGAGGUUGCUGCUCACAGUCACGCACCGAACAGUAAUCACACCGAAAAAGCAGUGAAGUGUGGCUGAAAUGUCUGCCAAGCUCUUGACACCCCCCUCCGAAUGCUCCGUAUGAUCUCGAUGCUUGCCUGUUGUGCCGCUCCUACUGCUUACGCAUCAUGUUCCGGUGAAAGGAGUUCCGUAUAACAUCAUCAAUUUUAUUCAGUCUAUUCACCACC